AUGAGGCUUCACGGUGGCGGCCCUGCCAAGGGUCGUCGAUAUUUGCCACAAAUUUUAGUGGCGUUGGCCAUAUUGGCUGUUGCUAAUGUAGUGUCAGCAGACCCUUAUGUGUACUCUUCUCCACCACCUCCAACGUAUGAGUACAAGUCACCACCACCUCCUUCGCCAUCUCCACCGCCACCUUAUUCACCUCCUCCACCGUCACCUUCUCCACCACCUCCCUACUACUACAUGUCACCUCCUCCACCAUCGCCUUCUCCUCCACCUCCUUACUACUACCACUCUCCACCUCCACCGGUAAAGUCUCCUCCUUCACCAUAUUACUACAGCUCACCUCCUCCACCAGGAAAUGACUUCAAUAACUUAGCUCACAAAAAGUUAUUAGUUAUGGGUGCUUGA